UGCCAGUCGGCAGGAAAAGGAAAUUUGCAACGGCAAAUUCCACUGGACACCAACAAGAAACUCGCGGAAAGAGAUCCAGGAAAACCGAAGAUAGUGCGGUUGAAAGGAACUUGUCGUCCAUCGAAAAGGGAGAAAAAAGGGAAAAAGGAGAAGGCUAAAGAGUGCAUAGUAAUAUCUUCGUCUUCGGAAGACGAAGAAAGUGCGAUAAACAAAAAGGCUGUAAAAGACAGCAAUGGCACAGCUAGGAAACCAACUUGUAGGAGAUCGAAAAGGCAGAAAGACGGGGUAAAGAAGGGUGGUGAUGCUGGGAAGAGUGCAUUGAUAUCUACGAGAUUGAAUGUUAAAAGGACAGCUGCUAAGAAAGCAGAAAGAGGUGGUAAUGCAACAACUAAGAAAGCAACUUGUAGAAGAUCGCGAAGGAAGAAGAAAGAUCCAAAGAAAAGUUCGGAGGAGAGCAGAGUUAUGCCUGCAAGUUUGAAUGUUAAGAGGUCAGUUAACUGAAGUUGGCAUAACCUGUGGGUGAAAACAUGGGGCUGGUAGCCCGCAAGAAUAGAGGGCAGUAGGGUUAUGGGAGGUGGGAGAGGAGAAGGUGGGAGGUGGGAGUUUGAACAGGGUGGGAAGGUGGAUAAGUAUGGACAAUAAUUAUGCAGCAAUGCAUAAAAUUUUGUAAUCAAUAACGGCGUAAAUGAGUGGAAGCCAAGGAUAAAAGGGGCAGGAGCUAAGAAUACAUAGUAUGCAAUAAAGGAGGUUUAGAAAUCUCCCUGACAUCUUGAUGGUUACCCUCUAUGAUUUUGCAAAAUUUUGAUUUCCACCCCCGUCUUCCUCUGAACUGGAAACUAUACUUUGAAUUUCCACUCCCUAGAAGUAGUAGACUCUUCACAGUCCCCUAUUUUUCUUUGAGAUCGUCAAGAUAUAGCAUGUCUUACCAUUAAUGGUGGCCAUCUUGAUUUUCAAAUGUAUCUAGGGGGCGAGCGUCAAUGAUCUUGACGAUCGUACAGGAAAAUAGGGGACUGUGAACAGUCUAUAGCAGUAGAGUAGCCAAUUAUUGUUGCAUUUCCUGACAUAUUUCCCUGGUUGGCCUGGGUCUUACCCUGGGGCCAGCUGAACUGAAGAGCAUAAACCUUCAGGAUAGGGAAGGAGGGUUCACCCUUGAUUGACUGAGCAGGCUUUUUUCUGGGUAGAGAUUUUGACACUUUUUGUCCCAGGGUGAGAAAUUUUACAUGACUGACAUCUUGAAAAAUUAAGAGAACCUUGAAAUAAGUCAUUCACCAUCCUGGUAAUUUCCAGAAGUCACCAAGAGCAAAGGAUUUCUCUGCUCUUGAUCUGCUAAUUGAAUAAGCAUCUGUGUAUAAAUUAUACAGUCUGGCAUGUGAUACAGCUGUUACCAUUAUGUUUGUAGUAGUUAUGCUUACCAAUAAUUGUUGCAUGUUGUUGCAUGUACAAAAAUGCAUAGUAGCAUACAUGUUGUAUUCUAUCAAUCAUUCUACUAUUAAUUGUAUAUAUUUAUGGUAUGUAGUGAAAAAACUCUUAGCAUCUCUUUGGUUUUAUAAUGGUUAGAAACUUGACUAAAUUAAUAGUUACAAAUUAGGGCUGGGAAUCAAAGACUUAUCUGCAUCUUACGCAUGCUAAAUUUUAGCUUAUAUUUAGCAGUUUUUAACUUGUGAGCAAACUUCUUCUUGACAUUCUAUUUCAUGUCAGUGAGAAAAAAAGGUUUGCUAAUUUUAGAUUUUGAUUCUUUCAGUGUAUUACCUUUGUCUGGUUCUUUGAGGAAUGCUUGUCUGUUUUUUCUAGCCAGAGGUCAGGUAUGUUUCAACCAAAAAAUAAAUUGAAUAAGUAGACAAACAAGAAAACAAAGAAAUAAUUUAAAACCUAGAGUCACUGGCAGAGGGAGUAAAAGCUUUGUUGUUAAACUGUAAAUUGAGGGCUGAGAUAGUGUUGAAUUGUCCUUUACCAGAUAGCGUACUGUUUUAUGCCCUAUGAAUCUGCUUGAAAAAAAUUCUCAAAUUACAACAAAAAAAUAUUUCUUCGUAAUAUAUUUCAAGUCAUAAGUUUUACUGGCAAAGUUGGUGAGUCUACUGGUAUAUCAGUUUCUACUUUCACCAACCCCAUGAUCUGUUGUUUAAAGCAUCAUUACUUGUAGCUUUUGAGCUUUUGGGGCAGCCAUUUUAUUCUUGGAAAGAAAGCUGUUGGAAUCCUGUUCUCAAUUUUGUAGUACAUGACUGUAUACUGUGCACCCAUUCUUGUGCUUCUCCUUCUUCAUAGGGGAAGAGACUUUGUGUGACGAGACAGAAAAAUAUAACUGCAUGAGAGACAAAUUUUUACGCUUGUGGAAACAGCAUCCAACUGUUUAAAAAAGUACAGACAAUGUAAAUGCUGGUCUUUAUGUCUCUUAAAGCUUUUUUUAUAUCCAUUUAAUGUCCUCUUGAUUCGAGUAAUAAUUAUUGUGACUCUUCCCCCGUACAGGCGGUAGAUUUGAUGGAUGCACAUUACUGUUAUUUAAAGAAUCCUUAUUUUCUUGUUUUGAAAUUAUUUUGCUCCAUUUGUUUUUGUUUUAAACCAGAGAGUUUGCAUCAAAGGGUUGGCUCUGAUCAAAACCCUGAUCGGGUCAGUUGAAGUGUAUGGUUCUGUUUUGGGACCUGAUCAUGACCCAGUGGAAAUCUUCUGUCCCAGUACUUUAAGUCUUGCUGUGUUGUCUGAACACAGUGAAGAAAAUUCCUUAAGAGGUAUUAAUUUAAAGAGAAUAUUUCAAGAUGUUCUACAAAACCAGCCUCCUGAGGUGAUGAAGAAGGCCCUGGUGAGAUCAAGAAAAUCAGCCACAGUUCUGUUGAUGAAAUCCUUGCAAACCAUAGAGACAAACUUUGUAUGCAGUAUUCAACGCUUCCAUGAUAUAUUCAGCUUGAAUCUUGGCAAGGUAUUUGUUGGUUCAUUGCCAGACCAGUCAGUUAGAAACCAGUGGAAUUAUCAAGAGAAAAUGGAAUGACAUUGCUCGAUUGAAAUCAAAGUGAUCCAUUUCUGUUCGGACCAAAACUUUGAUUACUGCUUAGCAAAGUAGAAUUGUAAACACAAUUUUUUGGAAAUGGAACAGCAAGUUUUUUGUUGGACCAGACUGACUGGUCAAAGAGGACCACCUCUGGAGGUGAACCACUUUGACCAGAAAAUUUCCACCCAGACCAAAGCUUUCCACUUAUUUCUCAACCAAAAUUUCUGAAAAUUUUGACUUAAUUGAAAGCACUCAGAGAAUGCCAAAAAAAGUCUAAUAUAAAAAUAAUACCGGGUACAUGACUAGACAUUGUAGUCCAUAUAUCAAACUUUAUCAAACUUUAAACCUAUAGGUCUGGAUUAGAACCUGGCCACCAUGUUGUUCCCUUACAGGUGUAUGGCAGAUUUCUUGGGGGGUAACCUUCCCUCAGGGGAGAGGAGGGUGGUGAGGGCAGUGUUUCGCAACACCUGUAGGCUCCUGAUGCUACUAAUAUGGGUUGCCACUUUUUUCUUUUUGGGUGCCACUACCUGAUGGUUCAUCUCAUAACAUUUAUUACUGGAGACAUGUUUAAUGUUACAACUGACCAAUCCAUUCAAAACCUACCAUUUUUAGCUAUGUGCUAAAUUGUUCUAUCUUUUUUCUUGCAGGUUUCCUCUCUUGACAAAAUAGAGAUGUCUUUGAAGAAGAAAACAGCUCCAUUAGGAUUUAUUUUUGUAAGGAUACUGACAACCAAUUUUCCAAUUUUCUCAAACUCUUUUGUUCCAGUUUGCAGGGUUACCAUCCUUUGAUUGUGUGGUUCAGAGAAACUUUUAUUUCGAACCCAGCCAAGUUUCUGAACCUGUACAAUCUACUGUACCCAGCAUAGGAUUUGUAUGAAAAAAAACUAGGAUUUUCUGGUCCUCUGAGAGGAAAAGGUGGGCACCAGGGGCCACCAGGCUCUGUAACAGCACAGCCCUGCCACCCUCGUUAGAGGUAAUUUGAUGUGAGAGAUUAAAAUGUUACAAGCUGUAAUUACAAUAAUUUUUAUUUGAGUAAUAAAAUUGGGAGUCUCUAAACACAUAAAGAAUAAUUUGGAGGGGGAGGGGGGGGGUUAACUGAAGGGAAUAUUUAUUAUUUUUGUCAUUAUAAGUAAAUACAUAAUAGUAAUAAUGACAACAACAACAAUAACGACAAUGAUAUAUUUUUUUGGAAUUCAAUUUACACAUUGACACAUUUUGGCUUUUCAAAGAAGACAGCGGAUAGCACGAUGUAGCCCCUUUCAUCUAUUUGUGUUCUCUAGUUGGAGCCAUGGUACCCAGCACGAUGUAGGAUGUUGACAGUACCCGAUCAGUGGAAAGUUGCUGCAUCUUCAGUGUGUCAAACAAAAAUGGGCAUGGAAGGUAUUAACAUUCAUUUGAUCAUUGAAGCAAGUUUUAUCACAGGAAACCACAGUUAGUCAUUGUCAGUUUUUGUUUUAUGUUUAACAGCCAAGGCCCCUGUUAUUCUUAUUUGUGGUGGAAAGGACAUUGGAAAAUCAACAUUUGCAAGAUAUUUAACUAACACAUUCCUAAAUAGGUAUGUUUUGCCUACAAUAUAUAUUUUUAAUGUUUUACGUAAUUGAGUGGCACUAUUGUGCUAAAAUACAGUUGUACAUUUGGUAUCUAAUUGUCCAGGGUAUCUUUUUGUCCAGUUUAAACUACAGUGGAACCUCUAUUCAGGGGACACCCUCUGGACUAAGGCAAGUGUCCCCCGACUGGUGGUUGGGCGGGUGUUUAUCAACGAUUUUUGUGGUCAGUCACUUUUUGAGUGCUAAGGUGUCCUCUGAAUGGAGGUUAAAUCUUGGUUUUUGGGAUCCAGAAAAAAUGUCCCUUUCCCCUGAAUAGAGGAGUCCCUUCAACAGAGCUAACAAAUACAAAGAAUAUGUGAACUUUUUUUCGGAACCAAAUUUUGUGUCCCAGGAAUGGAGGUGUCCUUUGAAUAGAGGUCCCCCAAAGGAGAGGUUUCACUGUAGGAAAUAUGUAAGUGCCUCUGAACUGGUUCUGUAAGAGUGAUUGUCUGGUGAAUCCCCCUGAUGUUUUUCUUUAACAUUGCCACUGCUAUGAUUUUUUGUCCAUGAAUAUUCCAUGAUACCGAUUAGUCUCCAAUGAUAAAGGGGCUAACAGUCAUAACGUGUCAAGUGAGUCGACAUCAUUAGCUAUCUUUUCACCACUUCUAAUUGAGUUAGAACAUGCCAGGGAAGCAGCGAGCCAUGCGAAAAAAUUGCAAAACCGAAAAAGAAGUAAUAGGAAGAGAGGAAGUGAAAGCUAACCAUUGUAAAUACAGUGAAGUAUAUAUGAAAUAAUUCAUUACAGUAAAACCCCACCUUACGGCCACUUUUUUGACUGCCCGGCAAAACGCGCGGCCAUACAUUUUCUUGUUAAAAAAAAAAAAAACGUUAAUACUGUCACCUGUUAAUACAGCCGAAUGUUUUUGGCCCAUUGGUGACCGCAUUAACGGGACCGGCUGAAGAGACAAUUCUAAACUAAAUUAAAAAAAUCUUGUUUUAUUCGUAAGGGGAGGGACGCCGAAAUAUUCGCAUUGUUCAGCUGAUGGUAAAGAAUUAACGAUGAUGUUUCGCUUGUUUUAGUUUACACGAAUUAACCAGUGAAAAUAAUUAAUACUUCAAUCUCAAACUGACCCUCUCAAAUUGACUUAGCGUUGAUGUUGUAAAGAACAUAUUGAUGUUAAAUCAAAAUGCUAGUAACUUAAAGGGUUAUUACUCGUGCUAUGUUGAUUAUGUUUGGGACUUAUUUUUUUCUUUUUAGACAGAACGAGCCGUAUUUCCUCGAGUGCGACGUUGGCCAGUCUGAAUUCACUCCUCCUGGGUUAAUAUCACUAAACAGAGUGUCUUCUCCCCUGCUAGGUUUGUACAUGCAGUAAAAAGGCUUGCAAGUGCUAACUUGUAGCUAUGACAAAACGUUCUUUCCUCCUUACUUUGUUUCUCUUCCAUUUUUUCUUCAACACGCCACUUGUACAUCUCCCACAAUGCACCUUAUUUGCCCCCCAAAAUUUUGCACAACCAUUGUUUUUCAUUUCUCCUGGGUAUUACAUCCGUCCCAAUGCUUAUGCAAAAUUUUGGGGGAUUUGCAAGUGCCGUAUACAGUACAUAUUAUGACAACUUGUUUGUGUUUUGUGUUCGUUUGAAUUUUAGGUCCGCCAUUCACUCAUCUUCGACAACCUGAGAGGUAAUAACAAUCUCCUUAUAAGUAACUUGAAAUUUUUUAUUCCUGAUAAGCUAUAAAUUCGAGGUUUUCGAAGCUUUUGCCAAAGUCAUGUGUUAGCUUAGAAUUUUGUACCUCUGUAGUUGCGAACGUUUUUUUUUUCAUACCACUGAAAACACUCGUGAUAAUUGUUGUCUUUUGUAGAUCUGUAUUUUUUGGUGAUGUAUCCCCAAAGGAUAGGCCUGGGUUCUAUAUUCAGUGUAUUUACAAUGUGUAUCAGACAUACGCUGAUAAAUACAGAAACAAGAUUCCAUUGAUUAUCAACACACAGGGAUGGGUUAAGGGUAAGUAGUUCAAACAGCAGAGUGCGUUGUCGUUACGUUACGAAGUCAAACGAUUUUCACUUUAAGUAAUAAUGAUAAUAUUUAUUAUUAUGGUUUAUUAACAGCAUUUCCAUAAAAAAGGGGCUCUACAUCUGCUAAUAAAAUAUAAAUUAUAUAGUGUAUAUUCAGCUAGAAAAAAAAUACAUUAAUAUAUCUGGCCUCGGUUGUUCAAAGGCUGGAUAGCGCUAUCCACCGGGUAAAUCUCUAUCAAGUGGAUAGUGCAAUUAGUCUCCCCAAUACUUAUCCGCUGGAUAGUGAUUUAUCCGAUCGAUAGCGCUAUCCAACGUUUGAACAACCGGGACCAGGAGCAGAAAAUGUGCGUGGUAAAAAAACUAACUAAUUAACUAACUAACUACUUAACUGUGGUUAAAAAAGUGUAUUUAGAACUAUUACAUUACUACAAUUUACUUCGCUCUUUUAAGAUAUUGAAGGUCUGUUUGGAAAAAGACCCAAAAUUUUUACAAGAUUUGGUUGGAGCAAUUAGGGAGUUGUGCUAGUUGAACAGCGUUGUUAUGAUCGGGCAAUAGUCAAGAAAUUUUUUCUCAAGGUUAAGACAAUGUCAGUAAUAGUUGCCAGGAAAAAACAGCAUGCGGGACCAAAACGCAGAUCCUUUCCAAUUAGUCAUUCAGUCACUAAGUCAGUCACCCCGUCAAUCAAUUCAUCAAUUCAGCAAUUCACGGUCAAAAAAAACGUAUGACACUUUACUCCGAUUUUGUCCCCCGCUCCCUCAAUUUCCUGCUAGGUACCUGUUUAGCUUAAUUCGGUCGCCAAUAGCUCUUUCCUUUUUUAUCCAAGGAAUGGGAGUACCUCUUUUGUUGGAUGUGAUUCGCGUUGUAAAGCCAACACACAUUGUACAGUUCAAUUACGCCACCAAAGAAAACGCUAACAAGAAUUUACCAAAGAUGACAGCUGAACUGUUUGCAAGUACACCGGGAUGGGCAUUUACUGUUGAGGAGGAAGAGCGACCUGAAAACAACUCCAGGUGGUUAAAACAAAUUUCAAUGGCUUUGUGUCUUACAUUUAUUGGUGGAAAAAAGCGCCCUAAGUUCGCAAAGCUGUUGAUGCGUUUGGCUUUCACGAAAACGAAUGUUUUCUAAAACUCAUUCGUGUGGACAUGCUAAUCGUAUUGUUCGGUUUGAAUUUAUACAGAGAUGUCAACCUUUGUCCCGAGAACGUCACAGGAAGCGAUCUGGAUCCUAUUGUGAUUGAAAUCAACUCAUAUGAAUCAAAAAGCUGGCCGAGCUCCGUGUAAGUAACAUGUUACCUUUCAUGAACACAGAGAUGCAAAAGAGCUAGUAUGCAUGGUCAUAGAACGUUGAAAAACCGUUAUAUCAAUAUGCAUAUUCUCCACACUGUUCUCCAUAUAUUUACCUUUGGUGGAUGAGGGGAAUUUGUUUAACAAUCUUUACCUAUUUUUGUUGAUGGUUAUCUCCUUUGUUGUCGUGACGCAUCCUGGUCUUGUUAAUCGGCUUAUUAGUGCACUGUCCGUAAUAAUGAGGUUUCCGGAAAGCAGGGUUUAAGUGCAUCUAACCAGAGGAUCGCAAACUUUAUCAACGACGUUUGAAAUAUGUACUAUUAACUGGCUAAUAAUAUAUUCAUAUCUUUUAUUUCUUUCUUUUCUUCUAGUUCUAAAUUCAAAGCAUCAGAUCACCGGACUUUAGCAUUGCUGUCGUAUUUCAGCAGAACAAAAGCUAACAUCAGCCACUGUGAAGGCCGCUCUUCUCUUGCACAGACUUCUCUUCUGUCUUGCGUACCUUAUUCAGUACCGUGGAGCUGUGUGGGAAUACACGUUAUGCAUACAGAGGUACUGUUUAGUGUAUAACCUGACAGCGAAUAUGUUUUAACAACCUUGUGCAUAAUUUGUGAUGGAUUGAGGUCUUGUGUAAGUAGAGAGCUUUAGAUUCUCAGACGAGUACUACUACUAGGAUGAGAUUUCCUCAUUAGGUCGAUUUAGCAACAGGACGGGAACGUCAGUGGACGACGGGAAAGCACGCGGAAAGAACUAAACACGACUUCUGGUGCCCAAUUUGCCGCUCUGCCAUUGGUCAAGCCAGUUGUUUGAUCUGCGCCCGCCGUCGUCAACUGACGUUCCCGUUCUGUUGCUAAAUCAGCCUAAUAUUACUAAGUAGUGCGCGCCCUUGAACUAGCGACGUUUUGGCGGGAAAACUUGCUAGCCGUCGUCAUUCUACUACGAGUCGAGAAUAGGGAGCUUUAGCAACGAUGACGGCGACGGCAAAGAGGACGUCAAAAAAGCAAUAGGUUUGUUGAGCAAAACAACAACUCUGCACGUGCAUCACGCUUUUUUGUUCAUUUCUUUACCGUCCUUGCACGNAGUGGACGACGGGAAAGCACGCGGAAAGAACUAAACACGACUUCUGGUGCCCAAUUUGCCGCUCUGCCAUUGGUCAAGCCAGUUGUUUGAUCUGCGCCCGCCGUCGUCAACUGACGUUCCCGUUCUGUUGCUAAAUCAGCCUAAUAUUACUAAGUAGUGCGCGCCCUUGAACUAGCGACGUUUUGGCGGGAAAACUUGCUAGCCGUCGUCAUUCUACUACGAGUCGAGAAUAGGGAGCUUUAGCAACGAUGACGGCGACGGCAAAGAGGACGUCAAAAAAGCAAUAGGUUUGUUGAGCAAAACAACAACUCUGCACGUGCAUCACGCUUUUUUGUUCAUUUCUUUACCGUCCUUGCACGACUACGACGUGAAAAUGCCUAAUUGCAGGUUUUAUGGAGAACGUAAACAAGCGACGACGAAUCUCUUUUUCCCUCUCUAAACUUGAAUGCGGUCCUCAAGAAAUCAACUCCAGGGAAAUUUGCCUACACUUUCCAUUUUCAGCAAAUUGGAAUAAACGGGACAAAGAUUGAAAAAACGGGAAUUCAUUUUAAAACUGACGUUUUCGCUGCAGUUGUUGUCGUCGAUGCUAAAGCUCCCUAAUGUCGUAAUGGCGGAAAUGAGUUAUCAAAUGUUAGAAGUUUUAUCAUUUUGCGAUCGAGAGAGGGCUUAACCUCCUCAAUAUAGAUAACAGUGCUAACUGUUCUACUGAAAAAAGAAAGUACAAUGAAGCUUCCUGGUUUGUCUAAACUUUAGGUUAAAUCUUUUACUCAUAGUCGUCUCAUAGUAGUUCUCGUCCUCGAAUCUAAAGCUCUCUAAAAGCAUCUCGUAGACAAAGCAUUCAAGAACUCAAACCAUCACUGAACGUUCAGUCGGACACGAUUCGCGCUAAGCUUUUCUAUUAAGAAAGUUUGAUAAUAAUGAAGCAAGCACAAAUGCAGUUUAAUUUAUUCAAACUUCAACUCUUAACAAAUUUGAAACUUAAACAUUUCUCACUCUUGAAAAUGGUGUUCGAAACAUUGAAAGGUCGAGUAACGUUCUUAAGUUCAAUUUUUCUUGUUAAAUUCUUCAAAAAGCGACUGACUAUCGGGUCUAUCAACAUCAAUCACCGUCUUAAUUUCAAGAAACACACAGAAAAAAAAAUGAGCUAAUCGUUAGUUAUAUCAAAUUUCAAUAGAUUUCAGUAAGCAAAAUUUAUAACCCCAUUGUUCAAUGAAAUUUCCACCUCCACAGCAAGGUUUUGGUUUACACAAUGUUAAUGUCAAAUUUCAUUGUUGUUUUUAUUUCUUGGAGCAGAUUUCGUGGAAUGAGAUUCUGUACUCUGUUAAUGCGAGUGUUGUAGGACUGGCGCGAUGCGCUUCAGACGAGGUAAGAAUAGGAGUCUCUGACCCUUUAUUUAUCUUCUUGAAAAUGCCGUACAAAUCCUUGUAAUAUGUUCACGGCCAUUUUGAGGAUUAUGCAUUAUGGUACCACACGUAUUUUGAUACUUACCAUACUGAACUUGGGCUGCAUGUGACUUAUCUAACUUUUCUCUUUGACGGAGCUCUCUUUCUCCUUCUGCAAUGUCGAGUCUCGCUUUUUGGGCGAUUGAGUAAGUCUGACAAGUGUUUCAAAAAAUGUGACGACUUUUGCAUUCUCGGGGCUUUACCUAAGAUGGACCAGAACUUCGUCCAUGGAGGUAAAAAAAAAAUUCAAGUCUUUUCAAGCUAUCGAUGCCGUGAUGAUCUUCGACUUGACAAGCGACUUGGCUUAAAUUCAAACUUUACCCAUCUUUAUCUAUACGAGGCUUGAGGCUUAGGGCCUGUUUACAUGGUGGUGGGGGACCCCAGAUAGGUGAAGUAACCCGCCUGCCCAUAUAAUUUCUCAUAUAGUCACCCCACCUAUCAUGUAAACGUGAUCAAAUAAAAUGAGAAUCUAUAUUGACAGGCGGGUUAUUCCACGUAAGCGGGUUACCUCACCUACCUUGGGCCCCCCACCUGCAUCUAAACAGGCCCUUAGGCAGGUAGGUGGGUGGAGUAACCUGCCUGUCCAUAUAAUAUAAUGUUUACAUGAUAGGUGGGGUGACACGCCACAUGUCACCUGACCUAUCUUGGGUCCCCCACCUCCAAGUAAACAGGCCGUGAGUUGAGAAAAUAAGUUACCUUUUUCUUUCAGAUGUAUCGCCGAGGAGAUUGCAGUACGCCUUGGUGCUUUAUGCGGAGUCCCAUUACAGAAUGCAUCGGUUUGGGUAAUUAUCUUUUUCAGAUUAUAUAAGAUUCCUCUUUGUCGCAGUAUACCUUCUGAUUUUGCUUUUAAUUAUUUAUUUAUUUGUUUUUUUUUGUCGAAAGAAGUUCGUCACUGAGCUGCGCAUGCUCGACAGCGGUAGCCUAACUAUUCUCAACCCAGCACUUAUAACAGCGCCUAUGCUUCUGACUCCGCGGUCAUGCGGAUGAGAGCUCUGGGUCGAGUUUGCGAGAUCAAGGCUCAUGGACAGUCCUGAGGAAAAUUUUUAUGGAGUUAAAUCUUACCCUUCGUUUAGAAUUUUACUUUUUAGAGAGAGGGUUUGCUCUUCGUCACAGUUUGACUGUUUCCAUAUUACGUAUUUCCGUGAAUUACUGUGCAUUUACGAAGGAAUAUGUGAUCUGCGAUAUCCGCUCUCGUUUUCAAGAGGUUUUAACUGUUAAGGGUUGCGACUGGGGAAAUUUUGGUGUUUUGGAUUGGUGCCGGGUCGCAUAUUUGCUAAUACGUCUGUGUUCCCAGGCUACAUAUUUGCGAGGGUUACUUGUCAUUUCGCCCCCGGUUACUUAGUCACCUAUUUUCGAGUCAUUUAGCGCACUUCAUAUGUAAUAUUCCUCGUUCUGUAAGCCAUAAAGCAAAACAAGCGCGCUUCAAACUGUAAUAUUCCUCGUUUUUUAAGCCAUAAACCAAACAAGCACUCUUCAAAUAUAAUAUUCCUCGUUCUAGAAUAGGAGGGUAAGUAACCGGGGUGAAAAGACUAGGGGGCGAGAUGACAGGUAACCUUUGCGAGAGGUGGUCGCACGUGGAGGUGCUCGACUGUAUUUUUUUUUUAGUAAUUUGGCAGUUCAGGAUUCUGUGUAUUGGCUCUCUUUGGGGAAAACAUUCAUUUCUGUUUUAUCUGUAAUAAUCAACCGUUUCUCCGUCGUAGGAAUUGUGCGGAACAUCGAUCCCGUUGAGAAACUGCUCUUUGUGUUGACACCCCUCGGGUUGAACGAUCUUAAACAAGUUAACACCUUACUUAAAGGAAACUUAGAAAUUCCAGCAGCUUUACUGUUAUCGGUGAGUAGAAGAGAAUGA